GACCGCGCUGUGAGCGCGGGAGGCAGGGCUUGGCGGCCGGGCCGGGCCUGCUUAGGGGGCACCCGGCUCCUCAACCAAGGACCGGCCGCCCGCCCGGCACCCAGGAGGGGCAGGGCGGUGCAGGCCUUGCUCCUUCCGAGCGCCCUGGGUUCCGCUCCCUGGCUUGCUGAUGUCAAAAUUCCCAUAGUCUAUCUAAUAUGAGUCCUACAUCUUGGUCUCUUAUCCAGCUUCAGUCUCAGCUCCACUGGCUAGAAAGUAAAUGGGAUUUGCAGAAAUUCCAGGCCGAACUGAAAUACAGACUGCAGUGUUAAGACCCUUUUCUUCUGGUUGUCAUUAGCAGAAAAUUCAAUGUCGUCAGAAGAUCAAGAAGCUCAGGACGAUGAACUACUGGCCCUGGCGAGUAUUUAUGAUGCAGAUGAGUUUAGAAAAGCAGAGUCUGUCCAAGGUGGAGAAACCAGGAUUUUUUUGGAUUUGCCACAGAAUUUCAAGAUAUUUGUGAGCGGCAAUUCAAAUGAGUGUCUCCAGAAUAGUGGCUUUGAACACACCAUUUGCUUUCUGCCACCACUUGUGCUGAACUUUGAACUACCACCAGAUUAUCCAUCUUCCUCCCCACCUUCAUUCACACUUAGUGGCAAAUGGCUGUCACCAACUCAGCUCUCUGCUCUCUGCAAGCACCUAGACAACCUAUGGGAAGAGCACCGAGGCAGCGUGGUACUGUUUGCCUGGAUGCAGUUUCUAAAGGAAGAGACCCUAGCAUACUUGAAUAUUGUCUCUCCUUUUGAGCUCAAGAUGGGGUCUCAGAAAAAAGUACAGAGAAGGACAGCUCAAGCCUCUUCUAACACAGAGAUAGAUUUUGGAGGAGCUGCUGGAUCUGAUGUAGACCAAGAGGAAACUGUGGAUGAGAGAGCGGUGCAGGAUGUAGAGUCAUUGUCAAGUCUGAUCCAGGAAAUCUUGGACUUUGAUCAAGCUCAGCAGAUGAAAUGUUUUAAUAGUAAAUUGUUCCUGUGCAAUAUCUGUUUCUGCGAGAAACUGGGUAGUGAAUGCAUGUACUUCUUGGAGUGCAGACAUGUGUACUGCAAAGCCUGUCUGAAGGACUACUUUGAAAUCCAGAUCAAAGAUGGCCAAGUUAAAUGCCUCAAUUGCCCAGAACCAAAGUGCCCUUCAGUGGCUACUCCUGGUCAGGUCAAAGAGCUGGUGGAAGCAGAGUUAUUUGCCCGUUAUGACCGUCUUCUCCUCCAGUCUACCUUGGAUCUGAUGGCAGACGUGGUAUAUUGCCCCCGUCCAUGCUGCCAGCUGCCUGUGAUGCAGGAGCCUGGCUGUACCAUGGGCAUCUGCUCCAGCUGCAAUUUUGCCUUCUGUACCUUGUGCAGACUGACUUACCAUGGGGUCUCUCCAUGUAAAGUAACUGCAGAAAAAUUAAUAGACUUACGAAAUGAAUAUCUACAAGCAGAUGAAGCCAAUAAAAGAUUUUUGGAACAGAGGUAUGGUAAGAGGGUGAUUCAGAAGGCCCUGGAAGAGAUGGAAAGUAAGGAGUGGCUGGAAAAGAACUCAAAGAGCUGCCCUUGCUGUGGGACUCCCAUACAGAAAUUAGAUGGCUGUAACAAGAUGACAUGCACUGGCUGUAUGCAGUAUUUCUGCUGGAUUUGCAUGGGUUCUCUUUCCAGAGCAAACCCUUACAAGCACUUCACUGAUCCUGAUUCUCCAUGCUUUAACAGAUUGUUCCAUGCUGUGGACGUUAAUGGAGAUGUUUGGGAAGAUGAGAUUGAAGACUAGUUAAUUCCGUCUGCUCACAAUAUAGAAAUGGAGUGGUUUGCCCUAAUCUUCUGUCAAGUACACAAAGAAACCUUGCAAGAUAUUGAGGGCACCAUGCAUUCACUCUUCCUGUGUAGAAGACAAGGAAGAACAAGGUUCAUAUUUUAUUUGGUACUACUGAUUAAGGCACAUUCAUACAUUUUUUUUUCCUUGUAACACAAACUGAUAAAAUUAUAUGCCAAAGGUUCAGAAAAUGAAAACUAGGAUAUUAAAAAUAUGCCCCAAACUGUGGAUAGUUAAAAAGUAAAUACUUAUUUUUGUCCCCAAACUUUAGGUAAAGAUAAAGGUCAAGAGUUAAACUUGCAGACCCAUGUCCAAGAAGUAUCCUCUGAGACAUUGUGUUGGAGGCCAGUUCUGUUCCUUACAGCAUGGACGGUCAGACCUCAUUCAGAUUGUCCCAAGAGCCUCAUUUCAUUCACUGUGUAUUGCUUUCUUUCCUUCCAGCUGAAUUCCUUCCACCCGAAUUCUCUUUGGAGGGAGCCUUCAGUAACUGACUGGAUGGCCCAGUAUCAUUUUGAUUUACUGCUUUUCAGAAGAGAAAUUUGUAAUAAGUUAAAAAAUAUUUUUAAUACCACAAGCCCUGUGGGUCACUUGAUAUUUAUGAGUGUUCUAUAUAAGCCACUGAUUUUGAGCCAAAUCCAGACUUUAAUGAUUCUGGCUCAGAAGAAUUCCUCCAUCCUGUUUUCUUGGGGACUAGAAUUUAAAUUCUGAUCUUUUCUCCCUUUUGUUCUACACUUUCUCUCUUUGCCCUCCCCACCUUCUGUUGGCAAGGACAAUUUUAAUAUUAAUUCCAGCAGCACAUGUUUUCAUUUCCUCUGCUGGAAUAGGAAAAAGCCUAAUAUAUUCCUAAAAUGAAUGUUCUUUGAACCUAUGUCAGUACAUAGUUCUAGUCCUAACGUUCUGAAUUUCUUCUAAAGGUCUUCUUUAAUUAUCUAUACGAAUUUGGCUUCUGACCCUUUUUUCAAAACAGCAGUGUUUGGGGUGAUAAUUUUAACUUGAUAGGUAGAUUCCUAUUUCUGAGUUUUGUUGACUUUUUAGAAAAUUGUCUUUCCUCAUGGUUUGGCAUGUGGCUUGGUAGCCACUUGGUAGAUAUUUUUGAAAAAAAAGGACAAGUCAUGCAUGGUGGCGUAUACAGAGGCAGGCAGAUCUCUGAGUUCAAGGCCAGCCUGGUCUACAUAGUAAGUUCUAGGCCAGCUGGGGCUACAAGGAGAC